AUGCUUGGUAUAACGUGGAUGCAAAACCGAUAUACCCGCUACUCCACAACUAAAUCGGAGGAGUUCAACACGGCUUCUCGAUCAGUAAAGCCCGGACUCAUCGCUUCGGGCAUCGUAUCUUCCUGGACAUGGAGUGCGACUCUCUUGACAAGUUCGACAUUCGCUUAUUCCUACGGAGUCUGUGGGCCAAUGUGGUAUGGUGCAAUGGGCACCCUUCAGAUCCUCAUGUUUGCUCUCAUCGCCAUCAAGAUCAAAGCAAACGCUCCCGGAGCACAUACAUUCCCCGAGAUUCUUCUCGCGAAGCACGGGAAACUCGCACACAUAACGUACCUGUUCAAUGGUCUAGCAACCAACAUGCUGGUAGGAGCAUGUCUGGUCCUAGGCGGCUCACAAGUCGUGGCAGCACUCACAGGCAUGAAUGUCUAUGCCGCAUGCUUUCUCAUCCCGCUUGUUGUGGCAGUCUACGUAAUCGCAGGCGGUCUCCGAUCGACGUUCAUCGCCGACUACAUCCAUACCACGAUAUUGUUCAUUGCGAUCUUUGUCUUUGGUUUCCUGAUGUAUGCGACGAGCGAUCUCGUCGGUUCCCCCGGAAAACUUUACGAUCUCCUUGUUGAAGCAUCAGAGAGAAUGCCGAUAGCUCACAACUCUGGUAAUGGCUCCUAUUUGGCAUUUCGAUCGGUAGAUGGACUGGUCUUUGCGAUCGAUUUGCUGGCGGCGGGCUUCAGCACGGUUUGGCUCGAUCAGGCUUACUGGCAGCGUGCGAUUGCUUCCAAACCUGAGACCAGUGUUCGAGCCUACAUUCUCGGGGGCGUUGCUUGGUAUGGCAUACCCUUUGGAUUCGCGACAGCGAUGGGUUUGGGCUGCGCAGCCCUGACAGGCCAUGAGAGGUUUCCCACCUAUCCUGAUGCACUCUCAGCAGCGCAGGUGUCACAAGGACUCUCGUCUCCAGCGACUGCGAUUGCCCUUCUUGGGACGGGUGGUGCGGUGUUGAUGCUCAUUCUUCUCUUCAUGGCGGUGACUUCAAGCACAUCCGCUGAACUGAUCGCUGUGAGCUCUCUUUUGACCUUUGACGUCUACAAGACAUACAUCGCCCCAGACACCCCGCCUUCGAAACUCGUUCGAGUCUCUCACUACAGCAUUGUCAUCUACGCCAUCGUCCUAGCCGCAUUCUGCUGCAUCCUCAACGCAGUCGGUCUCAGUCUCACAUGGCUCCUGACCGUCCUAGCAAUUAUAGUAGGGGGAGCCGCUAUGCCCGUAGGCCUCGCUUUACUUUGGCAACCCAUGUCGACAGUGGCCGCAAUCGCCUCUCCCUGGAUCGGUCUCGCUUCGGGUCUGAUUGCUUGGUUCGUAACGACCUGGAAGCGCUCUGGAAGGAUUUCGGUGGCUACGACUGGCGAUACUACAAACGCAGUCGCUGGUAAUGUUGCUAGUCUGGCCGUUGGACUUUUGAUGGCUGUGGUUCUCAGCUAUACAUUUCCGGCAAAAUAUGUCAGUACUGACGCUCGGCAUAUUGAGCGCAGUAACAAGAUCCAAGGGAUUGCGCCUCUGCAAGCUAAUCAACCGAAAGUGGAAAGUCCUGGAGUGGUUCAUGAAAGUGGUAUGAGUUCUGUCGAAAAGAAACCAGUAGGGGAGGAGAAAUUGCAGCCCGGAGAGCCACCCUCACCCACAGACGAUGACAUUGUCGGUUCUCUUGACACGGCAGAAAAUACGCAGCCAAUGGAUUCACAAGAAGUGAAGAAAGGCGAGAAGCUGGCCUGGACAGCAAAUAUCAUCUUCAUUUCGAUGGCUGUGAUUCUUGUCCCAUUCACGCUUUUCGGGACAGGAUAUGUGUACAGCAAAUCCUUCUUUACAGGCUGGGUUGUGGUUUCAUUCAUCUGGAUCUGGCUGAGCACGAUGAUUUGUGUCGUGUAUCCGGUGGUGGAAAGCACGGGAGCUUUAGGGGAGAUUAGUGUUGGGCUUUCGAAGGAUGUGAAAGCUCUUGUCGGGGUGAGAAAGGAGAAGAAAGGCCAUGAUAGCAAUGGGUGCUGA